UGUGGAUGGGGAAAAACAAAAAAUGCACCUGUGAGCACAAUACUUCAGAAAGUGAAAAUUCCUUUAGUGGCAAAUAGUCAAUGUUCUAGGACAUUCGCAUUUCUUACCUGAGGGGGUGAAGAACUCUUCAAUUCACGAGUUAUUUCUAUUUUAAUAAAUAUAUAGAUUUUAUUUUUUUUUAAAACAGAAUUUGAAAAAGUAAAAUGAAAUUAGAAUUAAUAAUUUUCAUCUUUUCGUUUGUUACAACUUUAGCUACUGAAUUUACUCCGCCACCUCCAAAUGUGACAAAACAUGAAAAUUUGAAAUUUCUCAAUCAUGAAUUGUGUGGACCAAUUAAUGAAUUUAAAGCCUUCGGCGGUACGGAAGUGGAAAUUUUCGAUUUUCCAUGGAUGGCUUUAUUGCAAUACGAGGUUGAAGAUGGAAAUAAAACGUAUUUGAGAUUUUUAUGUGGUGGAUCGAUAAUCAGCAGUCGAUAUAUUCUCACAGCUGCACACUGCGUCAAAUAUUCGCAUAAAAAUGUUUAUUUGAAAACAGUCAGAUUGGGUGAACAUAAUUUGAAUACAGAUCCUGAUUGUGAAAUAAGUUACUACACAGGGACAAUGUGUGUGGAAAAACAUCAAGAAUAUGAAAUUGAAAUAAUACUUCCACAUCCGGAAUAUUCAUCAGUUCAUUCGGGGAACGAUAUUGCUUUAUUGAAAUUAAAGCAGGAUAUUGAUUUUACAGCAAUUAAUAUUAAACCAAUUUGUUUGCCCAUCGGUCGUGCUUCGUAUUUACGUCAAGAAAUGGUGACGGUGAGUGGAUGGGGACUGACAGAAACAAUGUCAUUCAGUGAUAAUUUACUGAUGGUUCAUCUGCCGGCAAUUACGAACGAGGAGUGUAAUAAAGCCUACCGACGUUUGCCGAAAAAAGUGAAUAUAAAUUAUAAACAAAUGUGCGCUGGUGGUGUCAAGGGUCGUGACGCUUGCAGCAGAGACAGCGGUGGACCUCUACAAGCGCCUGCAAUUUACAACAAAAAUGUAAGAUUUGUACAAUAUGGCAUUGUUAGUUACGGUUACACGCGAUGCGGAACCGAAGGAAUACCUGGAGUUUACACGAAAGUUUCCUAUUACAUGGACUGGAUUCUAGACAAUAUUGAUAAUUCUCACAUUGUUGUUGGAGAAAUAAUCAUGUUUCCUGUAGAAGAAUCCUGUCAAACAUCAUCGGGAAAGACUGGAAUUUGCAUUAAUUUAAAUAAAUGUGAUGCCUUAUUGGACACUGUAAAAAGAGAUGGACUCACAUCACAAUCAACUUUACAACAAUUGCAUCGAUCAAUGUGUGGUUUUGAAGGAAAAAUUCCUAAAGUUUGCUGUGAAAGUCAGGAAACGAUAGCAGUAGAGCAGCCGAACAGAGUGGCGGAGGUACCAAUAAUGAUACCAGAUCCACCGAACGUGACGCAGCAUCCAAAUUUGAAAUUAUUGGAUUUAGAUUUAUGUGGACCAAUAACAGAACAAAAAAUUGUCCGCGGCAAUCGAACGGGAGUUUUGCAAUAUCCAUGGAUGGCAUUAGUUGCUUAUAAAAUUGGCGAUAACCCACCAGAAUUUCGUUGCGGUGGUACAGUUAUUAAUAAACGUUACAUUCUCACAGCAGCUCAUUGUUUAACUGAUCUUCCAAGCGGCUUCAAUGUAAUUGGAGCGAGGGUGGGAGAUCAUGACACGAGCAAGGAGAGAGAUUGCGAUGUCGAUAAAUAUGGAAUGGAAAUUGUUUGUGCCGAAAGAUAUCAGGAUUUUGGCAUGGAGAGCAGUCACAUUCAUCCGGAAUAUAAAAAGGCAAAAUUACAAAAUGAUGUUGCCUUGAUAAGACUCGAUAAUGAUAUUGACUUUCGACCCGCGAACGCAAAGCCAAUUUGUUUACCACUCAGUCCAGCGACAAAAAUUACACAAAAAAAGGUAACGGUUACUGGAUGGGGAAUCACGGAAAAUAGAACAACAAGUGAAGUAUUGCUUCAUGUGAAAUUAAGUGUCGUGCCAGUGGAGAAAUGUGCGGAAAAUUAUAAAAGUUUUGCACAAAUUAAUUAUAAGCAAAUGUGUGCAGGCGGAAAAGAUGGAAUGGAUUCGUGUCUUGGCGAUAGUGGAGGACCACUUCAAAGUGCCACAUUGUAUAAUGAAAAAGACGCUCGAUUUGUACAAUUUGGUAUUGUUAGUUUUGGUCUGAAAAUUUGUGGCGUCGAAGGGUAUCCCGGUGUUUAUACACGAGUCGAUUAUUACAUGGAUUGGAUUCUCACCACCAUGAGGGACUGAUUUUUAUCAAAAAUUUCCGCAUUUUUAUAUAUAUAAAUCUUCAUUCUACCAGAAAA